GAUUUGCAAACAAACAAAAAUGGCGGCCAAAUCGUGAUAUUUUUCCCCUCGGUUCUGAAAAAUGUCUGCCACGGUCACGUCGCUGGUUUCUCCGGGCGCCCUGAUCAGCCCCGAGUGGCACAAGACGCCGGAGGGACGGGAGUACCUCGCCGGGAUACUCAGGAGAAACAGACGGCGGAUUUUCGGUCUGUUGGAGCGCCCCAGUCUGUCACCCCAGCAGGAACCAGAGAUGGUCUCCUACAAGAUCUACCUGGCAGGGAAGUCUGGUGUGGGCAAGACGGCAACGGUCGCCAAGCUGGCCGGGAUAGAGGUCCCACCUACACACCAGGAGACACCAGGUAUCCAGACCACAGUGCUGUACUGGCCAGCCAAGCUGGUACAGAGGGAGAAGGUCAUCAUGUUCAAACUGCACUUCUGGGACGCAGGCGAGCAGGCACUCAAGAAGUUUGACCACAUCUUACCUGCCUGUAAAGACAAGGUGGAUGCAGUGUUGUUCCUCUUCUCCUUCACGGACCGCUCCAGUUUUGACGACCUGCCCCACCUCAUGUCCCGGGUAGUGGAAUCUUCCGAGUCCAUCCUCAGACUGGUGGUCGGGACAAAAUAUGACCAGACAUUACAUAACGAGGUUCCUACGCGAGACAUCCGUGAGUUCGAGCACCGCUGGAAGGUACCGGUCCUGAUGAUUCGCAACGUGGACGGCCCACGAACACCGGACGGAAAAGCACUGGAUGGAAGGGCCGGAAUCAUGGAGGUGGCACAGUUCUUGAACAGUAUCUGUGAGCACCUGUGGAGACACGACCAGAUCGCAGCUGGGAUCUACCGACCUCCGGACUACACAGGGGAGCCCAAGAUAUCCUUCAUCUAACUUUAUCUCAAUUAUAAUUCAAAGGGACAAGUGAAAUAUAUUAAGUUUUGAUGGACCACAAAUUCAACAGUGGACAUUAACUCUUAUAAUUCCAGUCCCGGUGGACUGAUAAUGCCAAAGAAAAACAUUGUGAUAGAGGCCUUGUCAAGAUUGUCUUGAAAACCUUAAUAUCUGAAGUGUAUAAACCUUAGGAUUACUGAUGCUGCAUUGGUGCUUUCUCAUUAAAUUCGUGUAUUCAAUUUCAUGUAUGUUUGCUAAUGUGGCAGUAUUAUGGCAUCUGGAGGAAUUAUGGGAGUUAAGGUACCCAAAUUUAAGUUCUACUACAAUUUGGAGCAUUUUCAAAUCCAUAUUCUACCCUUUAAUAUUCUGUAACAUAGUUUAGAGAAAUUUGAAGCCAAAAUCCAUGUUUUCACAUUUCAUAGUAACAGGGGAGGAUAUACAAAUGUAGGGCUGCAACAUUCUGGGAUGAAAGCAACCAUGGAAUCCAAAGAGGUCUUUUUUGUAAUGCACAUGGAAUUAUUGGACAUUGGUUAGAAAAGUUCAUAUUGAAAUAUCGUUA